AUGACGACGAAACUUAUCACUGUCUAUGGUGGAACCGGUAAUCAAGGAGGCUCGGUCGUCCGUUCACUCCUCCGGAACCCUCAUGAGUUCAGCGUGCGGGUCAUCUCGAGAAACCCCAGCUCAGAGAAGAGUCAAGAACUCAUCAAUUUGGGGGCUCAAGUUGUCAGGGCAGAUGCUUGGGAAAGCCAAUCUCUCGUCCAAGCCUUUCAAGGUGCUUGGGGAGCUUUUGUAAAUAUGAAUUCUGAUGAGUUCGUAAGUUGAUCUUUAUAUCAGUCCAAAAUACUCCAAAAACUGACUGAGUAAAGGUACUGUCAGACGAAAACAGCCCCUCAGAAUUCGACAUGGGCAAAAAUAUAAUCGACAGCGCUAUCAUCGCUGGAGUUCAACACCUCGUAUUUAGCUCUGGCCCCUCAUGCACAGACCUAACAAAUGGAAAAGUAAACAUGAAAGCCAUGAACAGUACUUUCCACUCUUCCCCAACUCAUACUCUAGUUAACACCUCCCCUUCACAGUGAAAAACAAAGUCCAACUCUACGCCCAAUCUCUCCACAAAUUCCGCACCAUAACACCCAUCUGCGCAGGUUGGUUCAUGGAGAACUUCCUCGAAAAGGCCGUAGCCCCCAUCUUCGGAGGAUUCCCCCAUCUCCCAGAUGCGGAAGGUUUCCUAACCUUCAAUGUGCCAUUCUGGGGUGGUAAAGAAGAUGUUCCGUGGUUAAGUAUCACUGAUGACUUUGGGGAUAUCGCUCAUGGGAUAUUCUUGGAGCCUGAGAGGUGGAAUGGGCAGAAUAUUCAUGGAUUGAGUGAUGUGAAGAGUUUUGAGGAGAUGACGCGGGCUUUUGCAGCUGGUUAGUAUCAUGACUAAGCUUAGCACCUUUUCGUAUGUUAACAAAUACAUUAGUGAGCGGAAGGAAAUCACGUUUCGUGCCAUUGCUUUCUUCCUGGGAGGCUUUCAACACGCAUGAUAUCCCACAACUUAUAGAUGUCAAACUCAUGUUUGGAUUGACUCAAACCACAGGCGGGAUUUAUUUUGGAGAGGUGACAGAGAAGGAUACCGCUACAGCUCUUAAGGCUGCUGGCGCACAUGCUUGUGGGAAGAGUGGAGAGGAACUGAGAUUGAAAACAUUGGAGAGCUGGUUUGAGAGAGCCGUUGCAAAGAAUAUGAUUUGA